AUGGUUUUACACUACAGGAAAACAAAAUCACCAAGUCCUCAGCUAAGGCGAUCUUUAAAGCCUCCUCCCCCACCGUCAUUUCAAGAUGAAGUGGAACCUAAACGACCUAAAACCAGCGUUGAUAACAGUUCUACUUCAUUUUCCGAAACGUCUUCUAAUGCAGGAGAUCUAGAAGAUGCUACGCUUCCAUUAAGUGUAUCAGAUUCAUUGGAUCUUGAAAUAAGUAACGAGCCUACAACUGUCGGAGCAAAUGAAGUUACUGAGACUACCGUUCGUCGACUUACCGUACUUCUUGAGAAACGUGCUCUAACCAAUCAAGAAGCACGAACUAAAUUUCCUGAUCAGCCAAAGCGUUUUAUGCAGUCGGAAGUGGAACUUCAGGAAACACUUGAAGAAAUGCAGAUUCUUGCAGCAAAUCCCGAAUUAUAUCCAAUCUUAGCAGAACAAACACGUCCUGUAUCUUUAUUACUGGGAUUAUUAUCCCAUGAAAAUACAGAUAUAAGUUUGUCAGUCAUUGAUCUACUCCAUGAAUUACUUGAACCAACUUGUUUAAAAGAAGCUGGUCUGGGUAAAGUGAAUACAUUUUUAGAAGUUUUAUUCUCUGGACAACUGAUUCAAUCCCUUAUACAAAAUAUUACACGUUUAGAUGAGACAAAAAAAGAUGAAGCUGAUGGUGUACACAAAACCCUCGGAAUUAUUGAAAGUUUACUAGAAAUUCGUCCAGAUAUGAAUGUUAUUAUGGCAAAUCAAGGUCUGUUUGCUUGGCUUCUUCGACGUUUACAAAGACGUCCUAUAUUUGAUAAGAAUAAAUUGUAUGUCAGUGAAUUACUCUCUAUACUUCUUCAAAUGGAUGAAGCUAAUCGUCGUCAACUUGGUGAAGUUGAUGGAAUUGAUAUCCUCCUGCAACAAUUAUCUGUUUAUAAACGACAUGAUCCUAAUAGUCGUGAAGAAAUUGAAUUAAUGCUCAAUCUGUUUGACUGCCUAUGUAGUUCAUUAAUGUUAACUGAAAAUAAAGAUAGAUUUUUAAAAGGUGAAGGUAUACAACUAAUGAAUCUAAUGCUUCGUGAAAAGCACAUGUCUCGUGAUAGUGCUCUACGUGUUCUUGAUUAUGCUCUAUGUCCUGUUAGUCCGACAGCUAGUCAAACCUCAAGUGAAUUAGAACUACCACAAAAACCACACUCAUCUGUUGAUCCCGAAGCUGUUGUCGUUGCCAAUUGUUCUAAAUUUGUUGAAAUUUUAGGUCUUCGAACCAUUUUCCCACUAUUUAUGCAUACUCCACGUGAACAUGCAUUACGUUCCACUUCGUCGAAAUCUAAAACCAAGCCUAAAGUGAUUAGUGGGCCUACUUCAGCUGAGAUGGAAGAACAUGUGAUCAACAUUGUUUCCGCCCUACUCCGGCAUUGUCCUGAAGCAUUUAAAUCUCGUGUGUUAGCCAAAUUUGUAGAGAAUGAUCAUGAAAAGGUGGACAGACUUAUUGAACUGCACUUAAAGUAUAUUGAUAUCGUGAAAGAAACUGAUAACAAAGUGGAAGCUAUGCGAAAAAACUAUAAAAGAUGGAUUGGUUAUACAGCUGAUGAAAUCGAGACUGAAUUAAUGCUAAAACGAUUGGAAGGUGGACUGUUACCUUUGCAAGUUUUAGACGUGAUAAUUCUGGAUGUCUGUGUAAAUGGUGCAUCAACGGUUUUAGAACGAGUACUCCACUUGUUACGGAUGCGAUCCAUAUCAAUGAAUUCAAUAUUGAAUACAGUUCAAGAAUAUCUAGAUAAUUUGGGCGAUGAAUCAACCGGGACAAGUUUGUCUGAUAAAACGAGAGUCACAGGUCUUUUGCAAAAUUUUAAAGAAAUGUUACGAUGA